CCACACCAGAAUUUUGGGGAUUCAAAGAUCCCAAUCAACAAAACAAUUUGCCUUCCUGCGCUUCGUGCCUUUCUAUGUACAUACGACCUGAUUACUAUUCGUUGACCUGAGCGAACUUCAUAUAUCCUUUGCUAAGACUCAAUUCUUUGCGCUGCUGGACUUUGCUCCCCAACACAUCAUGGCUGCGAACAACGUCAAUGGCGUCCCGCAUCCCAAGCCCUCACUCCCCGCGGUCUACAUUGUCGCAGUUGCACGAACGCCUGUCGGGUCAUUCCUUGGCUCGUUAUCCUCCCUGAAAGCACCUCAACUCGGUUCUCAUGCCAUCAAAGCCGCCCUUGAAAGAGUUCCGGAGAUCAAGCCUCAGGAUGUUCAAGAAGUCUUCUUUGGAAAUGUCUUGUCAGCAAACGUCGGUCAAAAUCCCGCCCGCCAAUGCGCUCUCGGUGCUGGGCUAGACGAUUCGACUGUUUGCACAACUGUCAACAAGGUCUGCGCAUCUGGUGUCAAGGCCAUCGUUCUCGGUGCGCAGACAAUCAUGACUGGAAAUGCCGACAUUGUCGUGGCCGGUGGCGCAGAGUCCAUGUCGAAUUGCCCCCACUAUCUUCCUAACAUGCGGACGGGAGCCAAGUUUGGGAACCAGACAUUGGUCGAUGGUGUGUUAAGAGACGGACUGUCAGAUGCAUAUGGUAAACAAGAACAUAUGGGUCUGCAAGGCGAAGAGUGUGCUCGGGAUCACGGCUUCAACCGAGAACAGCAAGACGAAUACGCUAUUCAGUCAUACCAGCGAGCACAAGCUGCACAGAAGGAUGGGCUCUUCGAUUUCGAGAUUGCGCCUAUUCAGCUUCCUGGUGCUCGGGGAAAGCCCGGUGUCACGGUCGACAAAGACGAAGAGCCCAAGAAUCUGAACAUCGAGAAGCUCCGCUCAAUGAAGCCUGCAUUCAUCCCUGAUGGCGGCACUGUGACUGCUCCCAAUGCCUCGCCUCUCAACGAUGGUGCCGCCGCGGUAGUGCUUGUCUCGGAAGCUAAGCUGCAGGAACUGAAGAUCAAACCUCUGGCGAAGAUCUUGGGCUGGGGUGAUGGCGCCAAACAACCCAGCAAGUUCACCACCGCCCCAGCGCUUGCUAUCCCCAAGGCCCUGAAGCACGCUGGCAUCAACCAAGAAGAUGUUGACGCAUUCGAGAUCAACGAAGCUUUUAGCGUUGUCGCACUCGCCAAUAUGAAGCUGCUUGGUUUGUCUGCGGACAAAGUCAACCUUCACGGUGGAGCUGUGGCCAUUGGCCACCCUCUCGGUGCUUCGGGAGCAAGAAUUGUUGCAACCCUACUCGGUGUGUUGAAAGCGAAGAAGGGCAAAAUUGGAUGCGUUGGCAUCUGCAAUGGUGGCGGGGGCGCGAGCGCAUUGGUUCUCGAAUCCCUGAUGUAAAAUGGAAAGCGCACCGGUUUUGAAAUGGGACAUAGUCUAGCGGAGUUCACAUUGUCAAGAAAGUAGCGUUGGUAUGUGGUUCGCUUCUAAAAGCGUGUUGUUCGCCCACAGUUCCUCUAAGUUUCAGGGAGAGUCAGAUACAGCUCAAAAGUCACCACUUGAAUCACAAUCUGGGCGUACUUGUUG